UCUUCCUUUCCUUCCUUCCUUCAUCGAGGGUGAAACAAAUUUUCAGCAGUCUAGUUGAUAAUGUUCCUUUGGUAACUUUUCUACUCGCCCAGUCCUCACGCAAUUCGAGCCCAACACGCGAAUACACGCGCUACAUUGAUUUGAGAAAAAUUGAACACUAGAUUGGGGGGGGAGGAGAAGGAAGGACACUACUUUCCUCUGUGCACUUCUGCAUCGAGGUGUUUCCUUAUCGUCGUCACUCGUUCACUUCCCUUGACCAAGAUGGAGGAUCAUGCAACCUACCCUGCAACCUCUGACUCGGUACCUUCGCAAGAACAGUCAGAUAGCCUGGAGGAUCCUCCUCUACCACGACUCAAGAUAUCCCCAAAAGAAGAGGUGUACAAAUUGAAUGACGCCGAGGUGGAGCAGUUAAUAAAAUUAAAGGCGUCAAAUGUAGCUCUCUUCAGUGGUCGGAGAAAUUCAGCAAAACUGGCAUGGAGAACCAUUUUGAAAGAGAUGGGCCUUCAGGGGAAGUUGUCUUUCUGGCAAGCAUUGAAGAAAUGGGACAACCUCAGAAACAAAUACAAUGAAAUAAAGAACACGCCAGCGGGUGCCUCUACGCCGGCGGGCGAGUGGCGCUGGUUCAAGCUGAUGGACGAUGCCCUGCAAGGCCGACUGGUGGGCAGUGCCAAGGUCCUGUCCCUCACCUCCGCCAUGAACAGCAGCGAGUUUCUGCCCAGGAAGCGCACAUCCAAGGACAGGAUGGAGAUGUGGCGACCAGCGGGUGUUGACAGCGGCCAGACGGAGUACACAGUGUCGGGCGAUGACUUCUGGGGUGCGGACGGCUCGUCGGGGGUGAUGGAGAUGGAGAUAGACAGGCAGGAGAUCGAGCAGGAGAGAGCCCAGCUGGACAGCGAUCGCAUCAUGGUGGACCGAGAGCGGGAGGUCCUGGAGAGAGAGAGGAUGGUCCUGGAUAGAGAGAGGGCUGGGAUCCAGAGGGAACAGGCCUCCGUGGAACGGGACCGGGCUUCUCUGGAGAGAGCCAGGGCAGGAGUGGACCGAGAGCGGGCCCAGCUGGACAGGAGGAUGGCACGGCUGGAGACGGAGAGGGCUAAACUGGAGAGACAGAAGCUGGACCUUCGCAGAGACAGCAGGGGCAAGCUGGACCUUCAGAGAGACAACAGGGGCAUAGAGAAGGAGAAAGAGAGGGAUGGGGAUGGGGAGAAGGACAAAAUGCCGUCUGGGAGAGAUGUCAACAAUAGCAUCACAAGCAGCAGCCUUAAAUCAGAAAAGAACGGAGAGUCUGUGAGCCCACCCGAGAAGAGGAGGAAAGAGGAUUUGGGAUUGGAUGACUCACAGAUGGAGAAGAGACAGAAGUUCCUGGAUUUGUUUGAGAAACUCAUAGAGAAAUUCUAAAGGCCAUGCAUUAAGCUGUGGGCUGGACUACUGUGUGCUUGUUUGUGCACUGUAGAGUACACUUCACUGUGUGGGGGAAGCUUACAGUAUAUUGCGGCAGCUUACCUUGGCCUGAUUUUUUUUUCUUCUAAUUUUUGUAUUUUUUUAAAAAUGUUAUGAAGGAGACACUAGCUUAAUUUGUUUGUGUUCCCUCUUCCCACGAUACUAUUGUUUCGGAAUGUACUUUAUUAAGUUUCUUUAUUUAGAAACUUGGAGAGAAAUUAUGAAGGAUACAAAGUUGUGAACUAAACAUGAGUACACUAUAUUCCAAAUUAGUUAGCUGUUGAUUUCAUUUCCUAUUCUUAUUCAACAAUUUAUGAUUUAUUUUUUCAUUUUUGUACAUCUAUACAAUGUGUAAUGUGCAUAAAAAUGUAAAUGUGUGUAAUAAUUUAGAACAGUGCAUUUUCUCUCUUUUUUUGAGGUUUGCGGAAUGUCAUUCGAAAUCUCCUUAAACAAUCUACUAUUGAGGACAAUCAGAGAAAAAUACAUCAUCUACACAGUGUAGAUAAUUUACCAGUUCAUUGGAGAGGAAAGAUUUUUAUUUUAUUUUAUCAAGUUUUAAGAAGGAUCUGCAUUGUAAGCUUCAAUAUUGUUUUUCCACUGAAAACUGAAAACUAUACACUGUUUGGCCACAGUCUUAGCUGCUCGUAGAUUUUCAUGUUGGUAUGAAGGAGCGCAUUUCGAUUCAACAUUUCCUUCACUGUUUGGAGUGCAGGAUUAACAAUUUCACCUAUUCAGAGAUUUUUGUUUUUGGUAUGAAGGUUUGAAGCAGGGAGUGAGCUGUUGCAUUCAUGGCUGUCCAGAGGCCUAAAUAGUGCCUUAUUCGCUGAGGCUUAUUAUGUUACGUAGGACCAAACCAAUGCCACUCAUGGUGCACAGUUUAGUGAAUGUAACCAGGCCUAUUCAUUGUGGACAGAGCAUAUGUUUCUUAAUCAUAAUUGUACAUAAUACAUUGACCUCUAUUGCCUUUGGAGGUUUACUGAUGCCGCUGUAUAUGCAUCUAAAUAUAUACAAUACACAUAUAUUUUAAAGACAUGUUUAGAACAUGAAUAAAUCAUGCAUUCCCUCCAUUGCAGUGGUUUGAUUGAACCACCAUUUCAGAACAUGCAUCCAAUUAAUCAACACUGUAUAUGGUAACAAAUGAGAAUAAUAAGACAACAAUAAAGGGAAUUCCAAUAUGGUUUCACA